AAGAUGCCUGCGCCGGCACCAUUUCCCACUUUUGCUGCCUGAACAUCUCUGCAAUCAGCACUAUUUGCCCAAGGUAAUCAACUUAUCAUUGGCUUAAAAUGGCCACCAAGUACAUCAUCGGAUCGGUGGUAGCAUCCUUCGCCUUCGCCUACGUCUGCGGCGUCUACAUCGCCGACAGGAAGGUCCUUGGAGGCACGACUCCUCGGACCGUGGCGACGAACGAGUGGUGGCAGGAAACGGACAAGAAGUUCCAGGCGUGGCCUCGCACCGCCGGGCCGCCGGUCGCCAUGAACCCGAUCAGGCGACAGAACUUCGUCGUCAAGUCGUCGGAACAGUGAAGCCUUUCUACAAGGAGAAGAUGACAGUGCUGCCUGCGAUACCGAUCUGCACCUCCUGUUCAAAUUCCAAACACAACAGGCGAGCUGCGAGCACGCAUCUGAUGUUGUUUGCGAUGAUGUAGCGUACUGUAGUUUUGUGUUUCAGUAAGGAUGCAGCCCGUUACACGCAACGGUCAGAGUGCUAGCCAUGCGGCGAUUCCUACAUUUUUCUUCGAAUAUGGACAUGGCCGAAUGCCAAUUUAUAAUUUUUUUGAA